GGGUUUUUUUACGACAAAGUGAAAAUGCAACACAACACUGAAGCUGGAUACGUUUAAAGUCCAUCAAGAGCAUGGACCUCCUUGGAAAACUUGAAAUCUACAUCCCAGUGGAAGCUGAGGUGAAAAGCAUCCCUCUGUGGAGUUUACCCAAGUCGGUGCUCAGCCGAAUGGGCCUCCCCGCGUCCGUCCGGAAGGGCUCCGGGAAGCUCGCGGACUCUCUGGAAGGCAUAUGGAUUUGUCCGGCGGUCAUACGAAGGAAAGGCCAGAAGCUGGCCCCCCACGCCGGAGACAACGCCGCCGAAAACCUGUCCUCGCUGAUGGGCAGAGAGUUCCGGGCCAAUCCGGGUCCCGUCCAAAUGAACUUCGUCUCGGCCAACCACGCGGUGUACAAGGUGCUUAAGGAUGUCAUGCCGGGCAAAAAGGGCGCCGCGCCUCACGCCGCCCCGCUACCCCGGGGCUCUGCGCCGCGGAUGUACAAAGACGCCAUCAUCCUCUACAACGGGCGCAUUUACCUGUCCAUUAGGAAUCCCAAUCGGAGGCGACCGGAGGCGAGCGAACCGCAGCCGGCUGCCCAGUCGUCCGUUCCUUCGACAUCGGCCGUAUCGUCCAAAAGCCUCAAGAAGCGCCGCUCCCCCCCGGCUCCUCUUGAACCUGCAGAGCCACAGAGGAAGAAAUCUCAUGUCGCUCUGCCCCAGACCUCAAAACAGCUGAAGGACCGUCUCACCAAACCAGGACAUCCCUCCACCACGGACCAGGAGCUGCUGAACGACAGCAGGCCCAAGGAGAAACGCAGCGCGCCCAGAGCGCCGCUCGGGGAGCACAAGAAGGUCACCGCGCACAAGGGAAGCGACGUGUCCUCGACCACGACCGCGCACAAAGCGGACGUCCGUCGCCAGAGGGAUGCAGACGGAGAGCAGGCCGCGGAGGAAGGAGGAGAGGCGGCCGGGUGGUUUCGGCCUCCGGGGGAGCAGGAGAUUGAGGAAGAGGAGGAGGCGGCCAACGACGACGGCGGCGGCGGGGGUGAGUGCGGCGACCCCAACGACGGCGGCAACCCGAGCUGGACGCCUCCGGGAUCCGCUCGAGCCUCCGCCUCCAUACAGGAGUUUGAUUUCAGGCAGCUGGCGGGGGAGGAGAUGAUCGCUCGCCAGAAGGCCAAACUGGAGAUGCUCAAAAUGGCGGACCACUAGUCGCCACGAGCGCCGUCGUAAAACUCAGGGCUCGGAUCGGAGUCGAGGAUCGGUCAGCACAACGCGUUUUUUUUUCUGCCCCCGAUAUUAAUUGCCAAUCAUCGACGAUCCAUCUUCUGAUGGCAGCUGGGCGACGAGGAUCCAGACGAUUUGAUUUCGGUCCUAAAAAAAUAAUUUCAGUAAAACCAUCAAAAAUUCUUUAGGAAAUGUUUAAUUUGUUUUUUUAAAUCCUGAUAAUAUAUGCUAACUAAUAUUGUCAUUAGUAGUUUUAACGCUGUAUUAUCAGUUAGUGUAAACUGAUUAUUAUUUAUCUCCUAAUAUCUAUUUAUGUUGUGAAAACAUCUAUUUCAAACUACUAUGUUCAUUCGAGUCCGACACGUGAACGCAUCUUAACGCGAUGACGCUCAUGUUCACCGUAAACACAACGUCACGUGAUCAGAGUCUAACGGCUGACAGGACGUCCUGAUCUCAUAUUGUUCUGAAUGUUGAAGGAUAACUUUCCUUCCUCUGGUCAUCCCUUCUUUUUUAAACGAGUAGUCACACUUCCUUGACAUUUCCCGCGGAGGACGCAUGCUGUUGUUUUCUGACCCCUGACCUUUGCUCGAGGGAUGCAUCAGGCCCAUGGACCAAACGCCUCUUUCUCUCAAUCCUAUUUGUUCCCAUCACUAGUUCUGAACACUGGUCUCGUACCUUUGAACAAAGAGUCCGUCUAAACCUCGUCUUUCUGUGAUUUCUGUCAUGGAUUCCCGGCGGUACAACCUGGAGCUGAGUUUGUUGUUUAUUUGUACGUUGUGAAGACAUUGAAAAUUGCCUCUUGAAGGUCUGAUUCUGUUUUCGGACGUGAGUCUUAAAUUAAAUACUACACCAUGGGUCA